CUGCGUGCUGUGUCUGACUGCCGCCGCUCCUUGCCCCCAGCUUCUUCUUUUUCUUUCGAGCUGGGGCCAUUCCCAAAAAAAUGGUCACUGUUAUCAAUACGAUGCUGCAGUGGCGCAAGGCAGGCUGCUUGUGGAAACCAAAAUAGUUUCCCAUACCUGUGCCGAACAACGAAACUGCUUUUCUUUAUAACUCACAAUCCUACGAGACGUACACAGGUACACUGCUACGACAUACUCGUCGGCAGCUCGAACCCCAAUACCGGUGAUUGCUCGCAUCACCCCCAUCCACCACUACCAUAUAUCCCAAACGCAUCACCAAAACAGGGUUCGGUUCCCAACCAUCUGGUCCCGGUGUAACACUCUGACCUUCGAAACUUCGCCGAUCACUGCCAACAUCACAGCUUCUUGGCAUACCGAUUUUUUUGUGGUGGUAUGUGAGCAUUUCCUACCUUGGUAGGGCUCUGGACUUCGUGGACUCUUCGUUCAAACUACCCACCUGGAAGCCACGACCGCUCCACAGUCUUGCAUCCGUCGCAACCGACUAUUUUCUGUAUCUUUGUUAUUCUCCAACGUGGUACCGUCGUCGUACCCACGGCUUCCAGCAGCCCCAACGACGACCCCACCAGCAAAAAGAUCACGACAUCGACUAACAACACUUCGGCAUGUAUAGUGCACAGCCGUGUCGACCGGCUUUGACUGCAUAUCCCGCUCUGAUCGACCCGAGAAUCCAGCGCCUGGUUGCCAACCGUGGUGCCAGCCCCUCCGGGGAUUUAUUUUACUUUGCAUGGCAGACCACGAUGCAAUGUCUGCCCAAAGCUAUUGACCUUUCGGACACGGGUCACCCAUUGCCUCGCCGCUCACCACCCAGACAAGCUGCUUUAAAAGGAAAAACAGCACACAAUGUCUCACCGGACGAUAGGGACGACGAGUCAGGCUCCUCCGGCCGCUUGCGAAGGAAUUCGACGGACGAGAGCAACGAGACCGGUCAGAGCGACCCUAGGCAAUGGUUUAACCAGUCCAACCAAAACCCCAGCUAUGAUAUGAAUAACAUGGAAGUCGACUCGCCGUAUUAUCAAAGGACGUCAGGAUCACCGAAUGAUGCGGCGCUCGGGACUUCGGCACCCCCUGGCAAUGUUGUCUUUCCCCAGAUGACCACAAAGCCGUCAUUGAGGGCCACGGUCACGCAAAGUAGCAGUGCAGAUGAGUAUCGGAGUGUGAUUGAUGACCUUACGAUCGAGAACAAUCGGCUGAAGGAGGAAUUGAGGCGUUAUAAGCAGUUCGGCACCGAUCUCAUGAGAAAGGACAAGUUGUUUGAGAUCAAGGUACACGGACUUCCAGGGAAAAAGAAAAGAGAGCUCGAGGCUACGCUUCGUGAUUUUGCUUCGACGCUUGAAGGUUCGACAGACACAUCAAGAGGUGCCAAGAAGGCAUCCAAGAGUGGGAAACUAAAGUCUUCAGGCGGUGCAACAUCAAAACAUGCAUCUUCUUCAUCAUCAAAUUCACGUCCGGUCGACUCGGCAUACGCAUCCAUGUCCACGGACCCCGGCACUGGCAACAAUUCGUCUGGCAAGUCACAGACGGGUAGAGCAACACACAGCAGCAACUCAAAAUCUGCGACCCAAAAAGUUGAAAUUUACCUUGAGGACAUUCCCGAGGGACUCUAUCCGAGGUAUCUGUCCAUGACAGAGAAAGACAAGCAGAAAUUGGUCGUGCGGCGUCUGGAGCAGCUGUUUACAGGUGAAAUGAAUGGGCCUUCAAUCGGCACUACCGAUCGAUCAUCAAGCAAAGCUGAGCUAUUGGCAGAGGGAGGUUGUUUUAAAGGGAAGGAGGCUCUGCGCGAGGCGCAAAUGCAGGUCAAAGAUAAGAAGCGAUCGCGAGACAACGGAUCAUCAAACUCGCAAUCUAACGGUGACGGUGGAAGCGGCGGCUCUGGUAGUGGGAGCGGUCAUGGCAGUGGUAGUGGAAAUGGAAGCGGCAACCGUAGCUCACCCCAGGAUUUACAAGCAUCAGAGCAACGGCCGACAAGACCAUUGGAUCUUGACCCAGACAGGAUCCAAGUUCCAUCUGAGAAUAUGGAAUAUAUUCGACACUUGGGCAUGGUACCGCCAGCUCUUCAGGCAGGAACCAAGGCAAACCCGAUCAACGUAUCAAUGGAUGCCGACGGUUGGGUCUACAUGAACUUAUUAUGCAACUUGGCCCAGUUGCACAUUAUCAACGUCACACCGGCCUUCAUUAGGGCCGCCGUCUCGGCGAAAAGUACCAAAUUCCAGCUCUCACCCGACGGCCAAAAGAUCAGGUGGCGUGGCGGGACCGACGGGACGAGAUUUAGCAGUGAUAGCGGCAAUACUUCCUCAAGAGAACGAUCAUCAACGGAUGACGACAGCUCUGAUAAAAGUGGCACCCCUGGAAAGAAGCGGAAGCAUCCCGACGACGAGCCUGCUAGACCUCCACAUGUUUCCAAGCUUGUCAGGGAAAACACGAGGUCCUCUACGAGUGUUCACUACAAGCCUAUGUUUGUACAACAGCCAUCAUUUGAAACAUCAGGCGAGGAAGGUUCAAGUUCACCCUCAGGCCUGGAAGACAGCAACUUCGGCAACGGCCGCACAUCCGGCUGGGACUACAGCGGAUCCGGCUCAUCGCCACGAAAACGUCGAAGGAUUGACGGCGCUAUUGUUUACUACACUGGCGCUCCCUUCUGCACCGAUUUGUCAGGCGAUCCCGGCGAUAUCUCACCCGCAACAUAUAUGGCCUCAACAAACAUGACCCAAUCUCAAGAGAUGCCAAACUCUGAGUCAACUAUACACAGAACAUGGUCUGGGUCUUCGUUGCCAUAUCGCCCCUUCAGCAACAACCCGACAAACGUUAGGACUAAAGCCCCAGAAGGGAUAGGUUUGGAUGACAAUUCGGAUGAUUUCAUGGCUGAUGUGAGCAGUGACUCGGAGGAUGAAAUACAAUGGUAUGAGUCCGAUGGGGAGUAUGGUAUGAAUACAAAGAUGCCAUGUUUAGAGGCAUAUGGUCUAGGUGGCGUCCAGCCCGAAGAUCACUUCCUUGUCGAGGUCAUUACACAUCGUCGCCGCGACCAGCCGAACGAGAAUCAGGGCGAACGACCAAAGCCUUUCCGAGAACGAUCUGAUAGUACUACGGCUUCCGUCUUGGAGCGUAUAAAAUCACUCAAGGCGUCAUCGCCUCGGCCUGUCAGAACCGCUGAGAAACCUCUGGCUCGGAACAAGAUGAUCGAGUACAAGAAUGUGCGGCUCAACCGUCUGGAUCCCGUGCCACUGCCCCCAGCGGCAUCAUUCGUACCGCCCUUCAGCACAAGCUCCUCAGACUCAGAUAUCGAUGAGAGCGAUGUGUUAGAGUCGGAAGUGGGGCAGGAUGCGGAACCCUGUGGGCCAUUAUCCUUCUUUCCUCCAUCCACCGGGAGGCCAAGCCUUUUUCGGACCGAAUCUAACUCGCUGUACCCAGACUCCGCGUAUCCCGAAGGGCAAGACCUCUCACAGAGCGAUGAGGAGGAUGAGGCUGACUCGGAGGACGCUGGCAUCCUCCAGAUUGGUGGUACUGGAAGCAAAAAUAACAAGCCAGGCAAGAAGGUAUCGGUGAACAGGAAGCAGGGCCUAGACAUGCACCUGCGGACCGGGUUGGUGAGGCGCCCGCAGACCGAUCUCGGGAUCGGCUUGUCCAAGCAGCCUGACGCCAGGACGCAAAGUUCUGUGGCCACGGCUGGUAGGGCCGAAAGCGGUUACAACAGCAGCCUGGAGGAUUGAUUGUGUACAUGAUCAUGGAGAUGUACAGAUUGUUAUGACGAAUGAUGCUAAUUCUUUUUCGUUUCUUUUUUUUUUUUCUUUGUUACUCCCCUUUUUCUUCUUUGUCUUUCACUAAGUUUAACCCCCAUAUGUCUGUCGUUUUACUUUUCAGAGUUGCUUAGCUGAUACCAUGGGACGGCGAAUGGCGCGGAUUUGAAUUGGUCUUCUUUUUGCAUAUGGACGACUCGGGAAAAAAAGAAAAAGUCGCAUUGGGCAUCAUCACAGAUUUUAUAGCACUUUGACGGGAUUAUUAAGCGGAGCUUGGAUAUUUUAUGUCAAGACGAUCUGGCUUUGUUCUUGAGCGCGAGAUUGUCUACCUCUUGGGUAUCUUACUCACUAUUUUAAUUGAAUAUUGACAAACA